AUGAGGGGCUCAGACUCUCCUUCUCCAAGACCCCGCUAUGCAGCACCAACUGCGUCCGUAGCAGCAACACCAGUACCAACGACAGCAGCAGCAGCAGCAGCACUUGCUGCUGAUAGCAGCAGCGCGAUUGAAGUUGCAUCCCUCAGACGCAUUGGGGAUUUUUUGCGGCUUAUUGAGGAGCAGCACCGCAUGCAGCAGCAGCAGCCUGGUGUGGCUUUUCUAACGUCUGCGAGCUGCGCUGACCAAUCUGACAGCAGCAAAAGGUUGCAACAGCAGCAGCAGCAGCAGCGGCUUGUUCCUGCUCUGCGGGGCCUGUUGUUCGAUUUGAAGGUGCUAUGUGAUCAUGCUGAGUCUCACGACAGCAGCAGCAGCUGCUGCGCGGGCAACGAAUUAAGAAUCAGCAACUACUUCCCUAGUAGCAGGGACGGCGGCGCUUCGGCAGCAGCAGCAGCACCUUCUCUGCGGUCCACCAUUGAAGAGCUCCUGCAAUCCAGGGGACCCUUGGCUACAGCUGAGCAUAAAGGGCUCCUGCGCUCCCUCCUUAACAGUGAGGACCCGCAGAAAACGGUCAAUUCAAUGCAGCAGGAUGGGUGUGCUGCUGCUACAGCUGGAGGCACUUCUGCUGCUACCUGCGCAAGCAGUAAGUUUCUCGAUAGCUGCAUUAGUCCAGUUCCUUCAACCUCAUCCUCGGCUGCUGCUGCCUCGCCUGUGGUUGCUGCUGCUGGCAGUACUUCAGGCCGGCCCACUGACUUGGGAGCAGCAGCAGCAGCAGCCGCAGCCACAGCAGCUGCAGGGGGUGCUGCUGCCGCUGCUGCUGCAGCAGGGGCUGAAGCGGCGUUGCGCGUGCUGCGCGAUGAAGCAACAGCAGCAGCAAAGGCUGCUGUUGCUUCCCCUCGGCUUCUCUGUGUUGGGGGGGGUUCGCUGCGUAGUGCCGAUGCUGUGAGACUAUGUGGGUUUGUGGAGGCCCCCAGCUCUGCACGCUUUCUUCCCAAGUAUAGAGGGGGCCCACGCUGCUGCACUCCGUCGGGCGCAGCAACAGCAGCUGCAGCAGCAGCGGCGGCCGUAGCAGCAGCACCUGCAACAGGUGCAACAGCAGCAACAGACAGCAGCAAGCUCUAUCAGGCCUGGCUGGAUGGCGCUUACAUCCCUCAGUUUGACGAGAACGAUACAUACACUGACGAAACAGAUCCAGGGUACACUCCAAUCGAUAUGACAGAAGCAGAGUUUCUUGCUGCCUUUUGUGGGGCCCCACAGCCCCCCCAGGGGGCUCCCCAAGAAAGUUCCUCACCAUGGGGUCCCCCACAGUGCGAAGGCAUGCACCCACUGCUUGCGCUUGGCGUUGAACCCGCCGUGGACGUCGUGGGGGCCAGAAUGGAAAUGGCUGCUGCAGCAGCAGCUGCUGCAGCAGCAGCUGCUGUUGCUGAUUGUGAUGACUGCCGUAAGCCACAGCAGCACAACCACUUGCAGCAGCAGCAGCAGCAGCAGCAGGAGGUGCAGCAGCAGCAGGCAACGCGAGGAUCAGCAGCACCAACUGGUGCUGCUGAUGCCGCUUCUGCGGGUGCUGCUGCAGCGUUUAGCAGCUGCACUCUUUUUAGAGUGGGAGAUAACAGCAGUGGCAACAACAGCAACGGAGGGAGAGGCAGCAGAGCUACAACUCGCCCCUCUUCUCCAGCCUUCGGGGCCUCCUCUUUAGUUGCAGCGGCCCCUUUAGAAUCAUCAGCAAGAGGAGCGGACGUAUGGAAGCAGCAGCAGCAAGAUCGGCAGCAGCCAGACACUCCCUCUCACUUCGGCCGAUCUGUGUCGUUUGAAGGUUGUACAGACACACAGCUGAGCGGGAUCCCCCAACCACCAGUGCCUGCAGACGCAGCAGCCUCAACUGUACCAGCAGCAACAACAGCAACAGCAGCUCAAAGCACAGGAGCAGCAGGGUCGGAGGAAUGCCCCGCAGUGUCUUCUGAAGAUGAGCUUGCGGGUUGCGGCAUGCAGGACCAGGUAGGAUCUGCGGAUUCAGCGGCACGUAUGCUUAGCCAGCAGCAGCAGCAGCAGCGAAGGCAGCAGGAACUGGAGAAACAGCAGCAAGAAGCGUACCUGGCAGCGCGGACAUGGGAGGAGAGGUACUGCGAUGGGGAUAAGCAGCGCUUCAGGCAGCAGCAGCAGCAGCGCGCUGCAGCAGUACACGCCAAUGUUGCCUAUCCGCCCUCGGCAGACCCUGCCUACCCGAGGGCGUGCAGGGUCAAGGGCUCCUGCAGCAGCAGCAGCAGCAGCAGCCCUGGGUUCCACCCUGCUGACGACCCGACCAUGUAUGAUUGCUUCAGUCUCAAGGUCGUCUUCAAGAGAAACAAGACAGGUUGUGCUGGUCACAAAGAAAUGGUGCUGCCAUCUGGGACCCUCCUAGCAGGCAGGUACAGAGUGCAGCAGCAGGUCGGUGCGGCGGCAUUCUCCCGCUGUCUUCAGGGCAUCGAUGAGUGCACGGGACAAAGGGUGUGCUUAAAGGUGAUGAAGAACGCGAAGGAGUUUUUCGAUCAGUCUUUGGACGAGGUAGCAGUGCUGCGUUUGCUGCUGGCCAACGGCGACCCCGAUGAGCACCGCUUUUUGCGUUUAUUAGACUGUCUGUAUGUAGAGGGGCAUUUGGUGUUGGUGACUGAACUACUUGAUGAAGAUCUCUACACGUUUAGCACCGCCUUGAAGCGGCAGCGGCUUCCUUCCUUCUGGAGCUUGGGCCGGUUGCAGCGAGCAGUUAAGGAUGUUCUCCUUGCCUUGCAGUUCGUUCACAGCCUCCAUAUUAUCCACGGCGAUCUUAAACCCGAAAACAUUCUCGCAUGCUUUUCUGCGUCCUUGGCAGCAAAGCUCCAGCAAAAACAACAGCAGCAGCGUCUCAAUUACAAACUUGAAGCAGCACGGAGGCAAACCAACGGGAACUGCGGCACAGCACCUUGCGACAACCUUCAUUAUGCCGGCGAUAGCAGCAGCAGCAGCAGUACCUGCAGCACUGGUAGCAGCAGCACAAUGAGCAGUAGCAACGGUAGUACCCUCAGCAGCAGCAACAACAUCAACAACGGAGGGAUGAUGCCGUCAGGUGGUUCGUUCUUUGACUGGGAUUGUUUGGAUUUGUUUCGCGUGAAGGUUAUUGACUUCGGCAAUUGUUGUUUCACCAGCGACGAGCUUGUGGUGUAUACCCAGUCUCGUUCUUACCGCGCUCCUGAGGUGUUGCUGGAGCUGCCUUAUUGCCAGCAAAUAGACAUAUGGAGCUUGGGUUGUAUUGUGUACGAACUGUGGACGGGCGAAAUGUUACUUGGCUGCUACUCUGUGCCUUCGCUGCUUGCAAAGAUGGUUGGCCUCCUGGGGCCCAUUCCUAGCUACAUGGCCCGCUGCAGCCCUCUGAAGCACCAGCUGCUCGACCCUGAGGGCUUUCUGUAUAGAUUUAUAGAUAACAUUUCUUGUGCCCAGGAACACCGGCAGCAGAACCUCGCUCUGCAGCAGGAACCCUCUCUCAGCUGCGACCUCAGGUCCCCAGAUGACACCCUCCUUAGCCUGGUGCAGGAACACCUUAAGAAUGGACAAACCCGCAACCCCAGACAGAUGAACUGCAGCAGCAACAAUAACACCACCAGCAGCAGUGGUAUUGGGAGCAGCACCAGCCGAAUUGUUCGGUUCUUUGUACCCAAACGCACAAGCCUCCAUCAGCGCCUCCGCUGUACAGAUGAUGUCUUUGUUGACUUCGUCUCUAAAAUGCUCCAAAUCGACCCUUGCAAACGCUGGACAGCUAAGCAGCUGCUAGCCCACCCAUUCCUUGCCCCCGGCCGCUACAUAGAUGGCAUCCAGGCACCGUAA